GGCGCCUGCUGAUGGUCACAUCCUUCAAGAAUGGUGGGCGAGUUAGGUGAAGAGAUCACAGUGAAGGGCCAAUACUUGAAGAAACCGUUAAUUAUUAAGAAGCCCAAAGAAGAGAGAAUUGAGAAGAAAAAAAAUGGAGAUGUCAGAGGAUGUUGUCAUCAUUGGUGCUGGAAUUUCUGGUCUUGCUACGGCUCUUGGACUUCACAGGGAGGGGGUGAGGAGCUUAGUGGUGGAGUCAUCAGAGGGCUUAAGAAACACAGGGUUCGCGCUUUCAUUGUGGACAAAUGGGUGGAGGGCACUUGACGCGCUUGGAAUUGGAGAUUGUCUCAGGCAACACUCCCUCCAGAUCAGUGAGUACCAGGUUUUCUCUGCAGACUCCGGGCAUCCCACUGCUGCCGUACCACUGCAGUUGCACAAGAAUCAGUGAGAUUUUCGAGAGCCGCUGCUUGAGAAGGAAAUUGUUACUGGAGACAUUAAACAAAGAGCUGCCUCCAGCAACCAUACGGUACUCCUCAAAGGUUGUUUGGAUUGAAGAAUCUGGAAUGUUCAAACUGGUUCAUCUCUCAGAUGGGUCCGUUAUCAAAGCUAAGGUUCUAAUUGGGUGCGAUGGAGUGAACUCAAUGGUGGCCAAGUGGUUGGGACUCCAGAAUGCAGUUGAUUCGAAGAGAUCAGCGAUUAGAGGAUUCGUUGAGUAUGCGCAUGGGUAUGAGCCAAAGAUUUAUGCUUUUUUUGGAGGCGGUGUGCGCUUCGGCUUUCUUCCUUGUGAUGAUAAUGCUUUGUAUUGGUUCUGCACGUACAAUCAAUCCGUUGCCCACUUCGAUGAAAGUGAGGCGCAUGAUCCCAUCAUACUCAAGAAGUUUGUGCUAAGCAAGGCUAAGGAUGUGUCCGAGGAAGUGACCGACAUUCUUGAGAGGACUCCACUGCACUCUAUUUCCAGUUCUAAGCUAAAGCUAAGACUCCCAUGGAAUGUGUUGCUAGGAGACAUUGCCCGUGACAACGUUUGUGUAGCCGGUGAUGCCCUCCAUCCGAUGACACCCGAUCUCGGGCAGGGUGGGUGCUCUGCCCUUGAAGACAGCAUUGUACUUGCCCGGUGCCUUGCAGGCGCAUUCUUGGGGAAAAGACCAAUACGAGAUGAUGAUGAUGAUGAUGGUGAUGAUGAUGGGUUCAAAAGGAUAAAAGAGAGCCUUGAGAAAUACACUAAGCAGAGGAGAUGGAGAAGCUUUGUACUGAUCACUGCAGCUUAUUUGACUGGUUUUGUUCAGGAGAGUAAUAACAGAGUGAUCAGCUUCUUAAGGGAGAAGUUCUUGAUUCAUCAUACUUUGAGAACCGUGCUUUGUAUAGCAGAUUUUGAUUGUGGGAAACUAUUGUUAUGAUCGAGACAUUUCAUGCAUACAUUUAAUGAAACCUGUAAUUACAAUCACUAAAUGAAAGCAAGUGAAUGACUUACACGGGCCAAAACGUUUCAAGCACAGUGUGAAUGUUUUCUUCUUUUACUAUUAUAGUGCAUUAAUUCUUUUCUUAUUAA